UCAAAGCCGCUCAAGAAAAAGAAAGAAGAAGAUUCCGAUUCUGAUUGGGAAGAAGUAGAAGAGAAGGAGGAAAACCAGCCUCUGCAUGACGUACAAAUAACACUGGAUGUUGGACCGACAAAUGUUCAGAGGAAGAAACGGAGCAAUGAAAUCGAUAUUGAAGCAUGUAUCGAGCGGUUUUUGAAUCGCAAGAAGCGUGAGAUUCAAAUCACCCUCCACAAAAUUGACAUUGAGAUGGCCAUUGCCGACGGAAACUUCGUGAACGGCGUUUUGAACAACUCUAAACUAUUAUCGCUGGCUUUGACGUUGAUUCCGUCGCAAAAAUGUUAUCCAAAGGAUAGAACAAACCUAGAAUACUUUGAACAGAUUACGAAAUUUUUCAAAGAAAUCGUAGAUCUCAAAGGAAGACGAAUGUUCUGUCGCUUCAAAAAGCUACCGUCAUUGGAGACAUCACUUCGCCUGCAGAUGUUGACUAAGGCCGCCAUCUGUAAGCGUGAUUACGUUUUGAUAUUUAUAAUUCUACUUCGCGCAAUUGGCGUCCAGUGUCGCAUGGUCAUGUCCUUGGCUGUAGAACCGAAGAAGCUACCACAGAGUGAACUACAGCAAACGCAAGUUACAGUGGUAAAGAAAGCAAAAAAGGAUAUCGACUCGGAAGCAAAAUCAACCGCCACCAGUAUUAGUAAGGGGUCAAAGAAAAAAUCAACCAAGGAAGACCACGAUUAUGCCGAUGACGGUAAUAGUGGAGCGAAGAAGGAGCGUUCUAAGCGGAAGGCAGCAACUGGGAGCGCCCUUAAAGUUCUUCAACUUGACGGAAAUGACGAUUCUUGUGGCGGCGUACCGAGUAAGAAAUCCAAGCUGGCACCCUCGACAGGUCAAGCCGACAGUUCGAAGGACAAGCCAUCUCCGGGACCAAGUACUUCGAAGGCUGCCAUUCCCAAGCUGCAGGAAGUUUCUGUGUUCUCGCCGAGAAAAACACGGAAGCAACGUCAAGAACAAGCCAACGGUUCCCCGAGUUUCUCCGAAAUCUCAAAGCCUAAUAACCCAAAGCGAAAUAGCAAUCCACCUGUCGUCGCAGUACCCUCCACCACUUCAUCUAUUUUGAUCAGGAAGGACUAUAAAGACAAACCAGUGAAGAAUAUUAUCGAUAAGAAGAAGACAUCCACUAAAGGGGUUAAACCUUCUAAUACAACAGCAAUUAAUUCAAAAGUAAAUCAAAGCAAUACGCAAACGAAGAAUGCAACACCGAAAGCUACAAAACCGAAACCAGAACCGGUCAAAGCACCGACAGUGGAAAAAUCUAAAUCCAAAUGUAAAGAAAGUCCCAAAGUUCUUAAGGUGGAAAUCUUUGACAAGAAACUCAAAAAACGGCUGGACCGUCGAGUGCUUUCAACGGACGACGAAUUUCGCAAAGAUCCAGACAACAAAACCAAGCUCAAAUCCGGCGUCAAUCUGUGGAUCGAGGUGUACGCCGAGGAGGAGGAACAAUGGGUCCCACUCGAUGCCGUGGGUAGCAAGGUCCACUGCCUGGAACACAUUGUGAAGCAGGCUUCGUCUCCACUGGUCUACAUCCUCGCAUGGAACAACGACGGCACAAUCAAAGACGUUUCCCCGCGUUACUGUCCGAACUAUGCUACCAGCACCAAAAAGCUACGUAUCAAGCAGGAGUGGUUGGACAAAACGUUGGCCGAGUUCAAGGGGAAGCGAACGGCCAAGGAUAUCGAAGAGGACCGUUCUCUGAAUCAGGCACUGAUGGAGCAGCCUCUACCAACGACCAUCAGCGAGUUCAAGAAUAAUCCGCUCUACGCCUUGAAGCGACACCUGCUGAAGUUUGAAGGAAUCUACCCGCCGGAUGCUCCGACACUUGGAUUCAUCAAGGAUGAACCCGUUUACGCGAGGGAAUGCGUACAGACGCUACACUCGCGGGAAAUUUGGCUGAAGCAGGCGCGAACGGUGAAGAUGUUCGAAACGGCGUACAAGGUGGUCAAUGCCAGGCCCAAAUACGAUCGGGCCUCCAGUCAAAUGCUUCCGGCUCAGCCGCUGGAACUUUUCGGCUACUGGCAAACUCAGGACUACGAACCUCCUACGGCGGAAGACGGCAUCGUUCCGAGGAAUGCCUACGGCAACGUGGAACUUUUCAAACCGUGCAUGCUCCCGAAGAAAACCGUUCAUCUGCAAUUGCCCAGUUUGAACCGAAUUUGCAAGAAGCUGGGCAUCGAUUGCGCUCAAGCCGUGACCGGGUUCGAUUUCCACGGCGGAUGCAGCCAUCCAGUGUACGACGGGUUCGUAGUUUGCGAGGAGUUCAAGGACCUGGUGUUCGACGCCUGGUACCAGGAGCAGGAGCAAGAAGAGAAACGAGAACGCGACAAGUACGAGAAGCGGGUCUACGGCAACUGGAAGAAGCUUAUCAAGAGAUUGCUGAUUCGUCGGAAGCUGCAGAAUAAGUACAAUUUCGACAAUCUCACUGGGUAAUUGGAUCCCAUCGAGUGAUCUAAAUGGCAUGCUCGGCUGAUGAUUUUUAAGUGUCGGAGUAGUUCGUAAAUGUUCUUACG